CGCAGCAGACGGCGGCGAGUGCGCGCGUGGGGUGGGCGGUGCUGCACGUGGUGGUGCCGGCGGCGCUGCUGCUGCUCAACACGUCGCUCGCGCAGGCCCUUGUGCAGCAGCCCGUGGGGGCGGAAGCGGUGUGCUACGGGGUGCUCUUCCUCGCCACGCUGCUGCAGUACCUCUACACCUCGGGCUCCUCGCCUGGGUGCGUGCGCUCUUCCCUGCCCUGCUCCGCUCUGCUCCGCUCCGCUCUUCCCUGCUCUGCUCUUCCCUGCUCUGUUCUUCCCUGCUCUGCUCUUCCCUGCUCUGCUCUUCCCUGCUCUGCUCUUCCCUGCUCUGCUCUUCCCUGCUCUGCUCCGCUCUGCUCCGAUCUUCUCUGCUCUUCAUGAAUGAUCCAAGCCCCGUGCAGGACCCCAUUGCAUGUGCGUUCUCUCCUUGGUGUGCAUGCAUCCUGGCCGGCAGGUACGUGCAGGAUGUGGCUGGCAGCCUGCAGGCAGCCGUGACAGCAGCCAAUGCACGCCAUGCCGCCACACACGCCGUGCCACCCCCUUCACCAGCAUCCCCCCCUCCAACCGUGUCUCCUGCAGCAGCAGUGGCAGUGCCAGUGGCUCCAGCAAUGGCAGCAGCAACGGCAGCAGCAGCAGCACAGGGGGCAGGGGAGGUUGCAGUGAAGGGGGGCUCAGAUGGUGGGGCUGGUGCAGCAGAGGAGGACGAGUGCGAUGGGGGGGUUGGUGAAGGGGAUGAGAGUGCGUUGCUGGAUGGGGUCAAGGUUGAGACGAGCAGGGAUGACGCCUCCAUUGCUGCGUCCCCCUCCCCUCAUCCAUCCCAUCCAUCCCAACCAUUGCACUCUCCUCCCCAUCCUGCGCUGUGGUGCCUCUGCCCCCUCCCAGGGGGAAACGGGGUGAUGAGGGGGGCAGGGGGGAGUCUCAUCUGCACUCCCAACCCCUUCCGCUUGCUCCCAGCGCUGCGCAUCCCCAUGGGCCCUGGGCCCUGCUCGCGCCCUGCCUGCCAGGCUGCCGGUGGUGCGGGCACGUGGGGUGCAGGUGGUGCGGGGACAGGGGGUGCCGGUGCACAGCCAUCUCGACUCACAGCAGCGCGGUCAAAUUUCCUCGUCUCCCAAUUCAGCAGUGCGCGGCGGUGGUGCCCGUACUGCCGGGUGCAGCAGCCAGUGCGCGCCAAGCACUGCUACGACUGCGGCCGCUGUGUGCUGCGCUUUGACCACCACUGCUUCUGGGUCUCCACCUGCAUCGGCCUGCGCAACCACGCGCGCUUCUGGAGCAGGGUGUACCUGGUGUUGGAGUGCUGCCUCACGUGCUGGUCGCUCCUCAUCUGCCUCUCCGCCUUCACCGCCCCCGUCUCACCCAACCACUGGUCCGUCCCUCCUUGCCCCAUCCCUGCCUCACCUCCCCUCACACCCGCCUUGCCCCGUCCACGGCAUGCCACCCACCUCUCAUCCCCUGCUUCCAUGCUGGAGCACCAGCUGUCAGCGCUGGCGUUCACGGCGCUGCUGCUGCCGCUCACCGUGUUCCUUGCCAUCCUCGUGUGCUUCCACACGUCCGUACCUGGGGGCGUCCAUCCGUUCAGCCAGGGCGCCUGUCGCAACGUGCUGCACCUGUGCUGCCUCAGUCGCCAUGUGCUGCCGCUCUAUGCUGUCCCAUCACCAGCCGUGCUGCACGCCAUGGCCUCUGGGGCAUACACCACUCGCUCACGGACGUGGGGGCCGUGUUGCUCCUGA